GGUGCAGACUCCUGCACCUGUGAUGCUUUCUUGCCGAGUUCUACCUUCCCUUUAAAAGAUCUAGCAGUGGUGGAGCAGACAGCUGAGCAGAUCUCCCACAAGUUGGAGAUGGAACUGGGAAAGCUGGAGGACUAUGAGAGUAAAAUGACACAAUAUGCAGAAAAGAUUAUCGAGUUGACAAGGGAAAUCGAGAUAUUGGAGAAGAAACCUGAUGCCAGUAAUGACGCUGCCUUGGAGGCCCUGGAGGUGAAGAUUAAACAAGUGGAGGCUCUGAUUAAAGAGCUGCAGCUUUCGCUCAAAAGCUCCACGGCUGUCUUCGAGUCUCUUCACCGAGAGGUUACAGUAAUGAUAGGGACCCUAGACCAGCUGGAGAAGACACAUGACAAGAAUUUGGUUCUUCUGACGCGUCGGGAGUACAUCAGGAUCCAAAUGGAGCUAGAGGAGUGCGAGAGACGACACCAGGAGCUAUUCAACCCUAACAUCGGUUCCUGUGUGCAUGCAGGUAUCAUCAAGGUCAGCAAGCCCAUUGUGAGUCAACUUAAUGCUCAUCUGACAACCAGCUACAUAUACGGAGGUUGGGGCAAAGAUUCAAAGCCUAUUCGUGAUAGGGAGUCUAUGUACUGGUUUUCUGCAGACUCUGGUUCAUACAUCAAUGACAUUAGGUUUUACACUAAUUACAAAAAUCUGGUUCUAAGACGCCCCUUCCUGCAUCACACAAUACCAAAUGAUUGGAGAGGUAUUGGUAGCAAUUAUAUAGUGCGUGACAACACACUGUAUUAUCAGAACUACUCUCCACUUGGGUUGACAAAAUACAAUUUUACUAGCGCGAGAUACGAAUCCAGGGUGAUUCCUGCAGCAAGCCAAACUUUUUCGUAUGCCAAAUUUAGCCAUCAGAUAUUUGACUUUGCCGCCGAUGAAACUGGCCUCUGGGUGACCUUCGCGACAGACGAGUCCAAUGGCAAGAUGGUCGUUGCCAAAAUAAACGAAGAGUCUUUUGGGAUUGAGGAGCAAUGGCAGACUAGUCUUUAUAAACCAAGCAUCAACAACGUCUUCAUGGUAUGUGGUGUUCUGUAUGCUGUCAGGACAGUUGAUAUUCAGAAUGAGGAAAUAUUUUUCAUGUUUGACACUAAAACCAAACAAGAGAAACAGAUCAGUAUUCUUUUUGAGCGGUUCCAGGAUAAGUAUUCCAACCUGGACUACAAUCCAGCUGAUCAGAAGCUCUACAUGUACAAUGACGGCUACUACGUGAACUACCAUUUGUGGUUCAACCACACAGCCGAGGCCACAGCGGAACCACCUUUUGCUCUCAACAAAACUGAGCCAAAUCUGAAGAUGUGA